AUGGUUCUACACGUAUCAAAUGAGAAAUUGGAUGUUUUUGAGGAACCCAUCAUAGAUCAUUCCUUAGCCAGCCUUCAAGAAUACACAUACAAACCAUAUGGAUCGCCAUAUUUCAAGAAUUCAGAUAUAGUUCACAUCCUUAUAAACUUCCAAGAUCUUAUUUUAAACAUUGCUGACAGUUAUAUUUACGCUGAAGGAACAUUUACGCCUAGCGACGCUACGAAACCCUGCUACUUAUCAAAUAUCGCAUUGGCCUUUUUAUUUCAAGAAAUUUCCCUACAGAUGGGUGGCGAAAAAGGUUAUGGAGUUUGGAAUCCAGGGAUAACUUCAACUAUAAAAACGAUGAUACCAUCACAUGGAGCAAUAGGAUCUGUGGAACAACCUCAGCCAUCAACAUCUAAAGGGACCUAUUCACAUGCGAGCAUGUCCGGCGGAUCUGUCCGACGGACAGAUCUGCUGCGCGCUACUGACAUGCGAAUUUGUCCGUAUACAUUCACCGACAAAUCUGGAUAG